AUGUCAAGUGAAGUGACAAGAGCUGAAAACGAAUAUUCUAAAAAGACUCAUAUACAUUAUAUUAACCAAAUACCAAGUCUUAAGGAAACAUUAGAGACAAAAGCAGAUAAGACUCAUACACAUUCUAUAUCUGAUAUUACAAACUUACAAGAAACCUUAAACAGGAAAAGUGACGUUGGACAUACACAUACCAUUGCAAAUAUUACAAACUUACAAGAAACCUUAAACAGGAAAAGUGACGUUGGACAUACACAUACCAUUGCAAAUAUUACAAACUUACAAGAAACCUUAAACAGGAAAAGUGACGUUGGACAUACACAUACCAUUGCAAAUAUUACAAACUUACAAGAAACCUUAAACAGGAAAAGUGACGUUGGACAUACACAUACCAUUGCAAAUAUUACAAACUUACAAGAAACCUUAAACAGGAAAAGUGACGUUGGACAUACACAUACCAUUGCAAAUAUUACAAACUUACAAGAAACCUUAAACAGGAAAAGUGACGUUGGACAUACACAUACCAUUGCAAAUAUUACAAACUUACAAGAAACCUUAAACAGGAAAAGUGACGUUGGACAUACACAUACCAUUGCAAAUAUUACAAACUUACAAGAAACCUUAAACAGGAAAAGUGACGUUGGACAUACACAUACAUCUUCUGAAAUAACAGACUUAAACGUUAGCCUUGAAAAUAAAGCAGAUAAAACAUAUGUCAAUGAAAUAUACCAAAGUUUGAUAGGAACAAAAAAUAUUGAAACUAUUGUUGGUGACUUUUCUGUCAAUGAAGAAAAUAAAUAUUUUAGAUGGCAGUUGGUACAGUCCUUAGAAAAUGGUACACGGUAUAAACUCAUUCCGAAAAAUAACAAUGAAAUGUAUGUAA